AUGAAGGUCUUCUCAACUUCUCUCUGCUUUGGAAUCCUGGCUUUGUUGUCUGUGAUGAACCUUUUAAAAUAUGCACAUGGACGGCCAUAUAUGAGCUCAGGACAUGAGCUGUUUCCAGCUAAUGAGCACACAGUUCAUGAGACACUCCUCCUGGCUCUGUUGAGAAGCAACCCCAAUUUCCAGAGGCCCUCCCACGCUGCUGUAGAUCUGCCAAGCAAGCGGGAACACCUUAGACAGCUAAAGAAGCUGAACGAAGAGUUUAUGGAGGCAAAGAAUGCAGAAGUAUCCAAUGCCCUAGACUUCAUAGAUGACAAUCUAUCCUCUCCCCAUCCUAAUAAACGAGCUUGCUUUUGGAAAUACUGUGUCUGAGUCUUCUCUGGAUAUAUAAAAGAAAAGAACACUUAGAAAGAUUAAU